GACGCCAGUUCUCUCACAAAUGGCGGUGUUCUUCGUAAAUAAUUGUACUUUUCAGGGAUGCGGACUGACUUUUGCCACACUUGCCGACUUGAUACAGCAUAUUGAAGAUUCUCACAUAGAAAAUGAUCCAAGAGUUAUACUGAAACAAGAAAUACUACAACCACAAUCACUUGCCCUCAGCUAUGUUUUACGAUUUUUUACGGAGGCCGCCAAGAGAGAAACUCCUGACUUUCAGAAAAAACGGGUUCGAGCUCAGUCUCCAGCAGUUUCCCUCCCUGGCAGUACACCAACAGGUAGUGAAAUUGAUGAAGAAGAAAUUGUUAGUGAUGACGAAGAUAGUGAUGAUUCAUGGACAACUCAAGAAGAAUUCUCCUCGGAACUUAUUAUGAGUAUGAUGGGAGGAUCAAAAGACAAUGAUGGUGACAAACCGUUUGCUUGUCCAGUGCCAGGAUGUAAAAAACGCUACAAGAACGUCAAUGGAAUCAAGUACCAUGCCCGCCAUGGACAUAAAAAAGAGGCGAAGUUUGUGAUUCGUAAAACAUUCAAGUGCUUUUGUGGCAAAAGUUACAAGACCUCUCACGGACUACGUAGUCACUCUGUUGUACAUCACCAGACACCAACAGACUGUUCCCCUUCCUCCAUUAUUACAUCACUUCCUUCAAACAUCCAAUUAAAGAUGGCGGUUGUGUCUUCUUCUACAGUCCCUCAAGGAAUUGACACGAUACUCAUCACCAAAGACAACAAAAGUACUUCCCACCUCUCCACGACGACUUCCGCCAUUUUGUCAUCUUCCUACAGUGCUCAACUCAACGCCUCCCAAACAUCGUCAUUAUCACCCAUCACCGUGACAACAGUUUCUGCGAAGCCUCAUUCCAGAACGGGUUCACCAUUAUCAUUAGCCAACGUAACUCCCAUACAGAUCAUAGCCCGACCAGCCAGCCUUGUAUCGAGACCAACACAACUACCUGUUGCCACGGCUACCGUUAACGGUGACUAAAAUGGCCACUAGACCUCAAGAAUGGUUUUGUGGAACAGAUAUUGAAAGCAUAUUGUGAUAAACGUGAGAGAAAGAAAGAAAGAAAAAAGAUGAAUGAAGAAAGAAAAUGACUGAUGUCAAGUCUUAGAGAUAAGUGUCUGUCGAAAAUAUAAAACAACUUUUCUGGUGUUUGAUAGAGCCUCUGAUCAUCAUUUGAUAAUAAUAAUGAUAAGUCCAUUUAUAUCGCACUAAUACCACAAUCAUUCACUAUUAAUAAGUCUGUUUAUGUCGCGCUAAUUCCACAUAUAGUCGUGCUCAUAGGCUACAAAAAAAACACACAAUAACUCUUGCAAAUAUUUCUCAAAUAAGUAUGUUUUCAAUCUGGAUUUAAAGGAGUCUAAUGAUGGACUGGAUCGAAGAUUUUCAGGUAGCGAGUUGUAUUUUUUACGGCUUAAUCCACUCUUUAAUGUAUUUAACGUUUAUUUAAUUAAACAGACAUUAUGCAAGAGCUAAAUCUGCCUAUUGCAGGUCUUUCUUUAGGCCUAAAAUGGUAUCUAAAUUACUACCUAGACAUUAAACAUACAUUAUGCAAGAGCUAAAUCUGCCUAUUGCAGGUCUUUCUUUAGUCAUGAAUUGUUAAAUAAACUAUUAAUUAGACAUUUAUUAACAAAAAAAGACCAUAAUUAACUCUCGAUGCCAUCGCUAGCCUGCGAUAUUUAGCAGAUUGGAAUACCUCUUUUGAAAAAUAAUUAAAUGUAAAAAUGGAUAAUGGAGAUUUAGUAAUGACUUUAGUAAUGAUGAUCGAGGCUAGCCUAAAUUUCGAAAGCUAAUAUCUCGGUUCAGAGUGGAGCAAUUUGUUUUUGUUUUUUCUGACAGACACUGAUUUCCAAGUUGGUGUAAAACUUGAAAUUAUUGCUCCACACUUUGAAACAGAUACUCGACAAAUUGUUUGCAAUAAUUGCUAGUUUUGCUACAGUAUUUUAUAUAUAUAAAUAUUAUAUUUGCAGUUUGAUGUAUGGAUAUGUCUAUAUGUUAUUAUUAUUAUAAUGAUAUAACCAUGUAUAUUUUGUAAUUGGUUUGUAUCUGGAGUAUAUUAUACGCAGCAGAAUGUGGAAAUUGCUUUACAUGACAAAACUAGUCACUCAUUAAACAUACAUUAUACAAGAGCUAAAUCUGCCUAUUUCAGGUCUUUCUUUAGGCCUGAAAUGUUAUAUAAAUUAUUAACUGGACAUUAAUUAACUUAUCCAAACCAUAAUCAACUCUCGAUGCCAUCGCCAGCCUGCGAUAUAAAGCGGAUAGGAGUACAUUUUUUUGAAAAAUAAUUAAGUGUAAAAAUCGAUAAUCGAAACUUUUUUUUUCAUCGUACCGACUUUAGUAAUGAUGAUCAAGGCUAGCCUAAAAUUCAAAAGCUAAUAUCUCCGUUCAGAGUAAAGCAAUUUGACAGAAAUUUUCAGCAUAUUCUAUUUUAGUUAUCUAUUUUUAUAACUAUUAUAGUGAGAACUGUCAACUCUUUAUCUAAUCUUCCAUAAUUCCCAUUUAAUAAGCAAUAAUUGUAUUCCAUAGAAUUGUGACCUGUGUAAAACUCACACAGUUAUGUGGGACAACAAGCACAACGUUUCAAUAUGUAUCUUCUUAUCGUUAACAAGCACAAAUGGCAUGAUGUACAUAUAGUGAAGCCAUUACUUAAUUAAUUUGAUAAUUUGAAGAUAAAGGGUGUAAAAAGUGAAGUAACUGUACCUGGCCAAAAUAAUGAACAGGGUCCAUACUAGUAGGACGUUAAACCCGAUUUCAGUUCAUUUUCACAAGGAAAAUAGAAGCAUACCUCAUAGUCCCAUAUGCCAUCGUUGAAAAUUACAUGUCAAGCGGAGUAAUUAUCUUCCCUAUCAUGUGAUUUCAAGUCAUAUAUAGCAGGCUACUCUCAGACAUAUGAUUUUAACUGACACACAAGAUAUAUAGAUUAGAGGGGAUAAGAUCUGAAGGGAUAAAACAGCUUCCAUAUUCUGCACGUAUAGUAGCGCCAGUUUAUAUAUUUGUUUAUAUAUUUUGUGGCAAUUAUUAUUUUGAGAUUGUCAGAUAGAACAAAGAGGAGUUGAUCUCUGUAUUUAAAUUUGGUUUAGAGAUUUACUGUUUUGUUUUCUAGAUGAUCGUUUUUUGCUCAAGUAUUAUCGAUAUAUAUAUCAUUAUAAAAUAUAUUCCAUUUUAAUUAUUUGAUGAGAAUUAAGAAGUUGAUAUGUGAAAGUAUUAAUAUUGAAAUCCAUGAUAAACAUGUAGAUCUAUAUUUACAUGUAUUUAGUGUGCAAUACAUACAUUAGAGGAAGAAUAGUCACAAAUAGUUAGUGGCCAGAAUAUCCACAAAUAGUUUGUGGCCAGAAUAUCCACGAAUAGUCUGUGGCCAAGUUGACCACAAAUAGUUUGUGGCCGAGUUCAAGUUGACCACAAAUAGUUUGUGGUCAAGUUUAUCGCAAAUAGUUUGUGGCCAAGUUUACCGCGAAUAGUUUGUGAUCAGAAUGGUUUGUGGCCAGAAUAUCCUUAAAUAGUUUGUGGCCAGAAUAUUUAUGAAUAGUUUGUGGCCAGAAUAUUUAUGAAUAGUUUGUGGCCAGAAUAUUUAUGAAUAGUUUGUGGCCAGAAUAGUUACUGACCAGAAUAUCUGUGAAUAAGUUGUGGCCAGAAUAUUUAUGAAUAGUUUGUGGCCAGAAUAGUUUGUGGCCAGAAUAGUUUGUGACCAGAAUAUAUGUGAAUAAUUUGUGGCCAGAAUAUUUACGAAUAGUUUGUGGCCAGAAUAGUUCCUGACCAGAAUAUCUGAAUAGUUUGUGGUCAGAAUAUUUGUGAAAUCAUUUGGGCAGGGCUGUGAGUUCAGGUAGUGCUUUGAGUUUAUCAAGUCCUCCUGAUAGUAAUUGGACAAAAUAUCUUGAAAAUUGUGAACCUGAUCGGUUAUACACACUGAACUUUGUUUUCUUUGUUUGCAUUAUUUAGACUCUUUUAGUAUUCUGGUUAAAAUCUUUCGAACAACGAAUGAUGUAGUUCAUCUGUCGCCUUAUUCACAAACUUCGAAAAUAUCAAAAUAUCUCAAUAUCUCGCUGGUCUCGUAACUAUGAUUCAGGUCAAAAAUCACAGAUAUUCAAAUAUUGUUUUUCUUAAUCCUUUAGUGCUAUAUAGCAAACUAAAAAAGUUAUAUGGGACAACAAUCGCUGGUUUAUUGUACACAAGCACGACGUUUUGAUAAGUAUCCUCUUAUCGUUAUCAAGCACAAUACCAUUAAGUGAACUGGGAGGUCUAUAUAUAUGAAUGUACAGCGUUGUGCUUGUGUAUUAUAAAACCAGUGAUUGUUUUCCCAUAUAACUGUGUUAGUUCUGUAUUGUUUUUCUUAUCUCAGAAAAUUCCUGGUUCAUUAACAUGUAAACUAAGAUUUUUAUUAACCAGUGAAAAUUGAGGUCCUGUAUUCACAAAGCAUUAAAGCAAAAACAGAUUUAAGUUAAGAAUUUACUCAACUUUCAAUCACUGUUUAUAAGAAAUAUCGUUGAUGUAGAAACACAGAACUUUGCACAUAGUUUCUUAUUGAUGUAUUUGGUACAUUUAAAUAACAAAAGUUUUAUAAACUAGAAUAUAUUCUAGUUAAAAUAAAACAAACAAUUUUGAGUAAAUUCUUAACUUAAGUCCGAGAAUGCUUUGAACUCUGGGCCUGAUUCCUUAAAUUAUUUAAGUUUAUGUCAAUAAGGACUCAGGAUCAAACCCUGAUCGGGUUUAGCCGCAAUAUCCUUAUUAGUGUACACAAACAUACAGAAUUAUCUGAGCUGGUCAUUGAUUGGGAUUUUGUCUCUAGAAUUUUAAAUGGUUUGAUACCCUGCAGAAAGUUUUUGUUGAUGAUGGUAUUUUAUGUACAUAAGAAAACUAUUUAUUUGGUUCCAUAUUCAUGUAUACAAAAAACACCCACCAAAAAUAAUUGUAAUUUAUUUGUAGUAUGUUGUGGAAUAUGUCUCCCUCCCCAACCAGCCAAAAAUAUUGAAUAUGGUCAUUUAAUAUUUAAUGUUGUGGUCUUUCUAUUAUUUGCCAAAGAUAUAGCUGUAUAUACUUGUAACUAUAAGUUAUAUAUUGUUUUUUUGCUUUUUUGGGUUUUUUUUUUAUAGCAUGUGAAAUAAUCUAGUCAAGAGGAUAAAAUUAUUUAUUUAUUUUAUUUUAUUUAUUUACUGUUAUUAUCAAAUAUUGGCAAAUGAUCGUAAAAAAGUCAUCUGAUUAAAAUACAGAUCUAUAUUUCGUUAUUUUUUUUAAAACUUUCGAUGGCCUACAUUACAUGAAGAUCUGACCGGUUGUAGCGAUAGGUCGCGUCAGAGGUCAUACAAGCGGCUUUUGAUCCUAUGACGUCAAACAUUUGAUUAAACAAUCAGCAUUGAUGUUACUAGUGGAUUACCCACAGUUCCAUGCAAAACACGCCUAAAGCUCGCCGUAACGGACCGUUUCACUAGCUAUUCCCUUAUAUCAUUCAGAACAUGUCAAUAAUAGCAACUAGAGUAGUAAAGACAAGCAAAACGAACUAUAAAAAACGAAACGAAAUAGGAUCUGUGUUUUAAUCAGAUAGGUAGAAAAGUUUUUAUAAAAUUGUUAAACAUGAACAUUAAUCAAACCUUGUCCCGAGUUCACAAAGGAUUCUCAGACUUAAGUCAAGAAUUUACUCAACGUUCAAUCACUGUUCAUGAGAAAUAUCUUUGAUCCAGAAACAAAAAUUUUGCACAUAGUUUCUUAUAGAUGUAUUGGAUACAUUAAAACAACAAAAGUUUUAUAAAGUUCUAUAUUUUAGUUUAAAUAAGGCAAUCAAUCAAUUAAGUCUGAAAAUGCUUUGUGAACUUGUACCUCGUCUUAAGUGGGAGAUUUAGCUUUCAUAUCAAAUCACCGACCAUAUCGUCCAUAACAAAUCACAGUUGAUGUAUACUUUUGAACCCCAACUUGCCAGAUGGUCCAGAAAUAAAAUAGUGGCUACUCAAAAUGUAUGUAAUGAUUAGGCAUUUCAAAACUCAAAACAGUAAUCAUAAAACCUGUUUUCUAUGUAUGCAUUUUCGCUGUCUUUCCUCACGCAUAUUCGCCGGUUAUAUAAAAACAGUCCCAUUACAUUUGCAUUCGACUGACUUUUUCGCUGGUGAAAAUGCAAACAUGGAAAACUGGCCUUAGAAAAGUUAGAUCUUAAAAUAUGUGUAAUAAUUAAGCAUUUUCAAAGACAAAAAUCAAAACAUUUGUGAUAAUUAAGCAUUUUAAAAGGACAAAAUUCAGAACAUGUGAUGAUUAAGCAUUUUUAAAGACAAAAAUCAAAACAUGUGAUGAUUAAGCAUUUUAAAAGGACAAAUAUCAAAACAUAUGAUGAUUAAGUAUUUUAAAAGGACAAAAAUCAAAACAUAUCAAAACAUAUUUGAUAAUUAAGCAUUUUAAAAGACAACUAAAAUAUUUUUAUAUCCAAAUUCAGCCUAUUCAAUGGUCAAACACUAAAAUUUGUACUAAAAUUUUAAAUUUCAAUCAAUUGAAAUGGCUGCAUCAUUAAAAUAUUGUAGUUUUAAAUAUUUGUGGACUGGGCUUGAGAAUAGCGUAAUUAAUGAUUAGUGUUUAUGUAUAAUCAUAUAUAUUAUGUUGAGAGAGGGAGGGGCGGAUGGCCGAAUGGUUAACACAUGCGCAUUGCAUCAUAAGGGUCUGUCAUUGUGUCAACUGGUGUGGUUUCGAUUCCCAGCUUGUACGUUACAAGGAGUAGGGUCGUCUGUUCAACCUCGUGGGUUUUCUCCUGCUCUUCCGGUUUCCUCCCACUGCUAAAGACCCCUACGCGCAUGCGAAUUAUUGAAAUAAAAUUCAACCAUAUGUUAGUCCCGAAAUGACCUAGUUUGUUUUGAGUGGACGUUAAACCCGCCUCUCUCCCUAUCUCUCUCAUUACCAGAGAAAACCAUUUAUAUCUUUGAAAUACGAUCAGACUGUAUUUAAACUUGUAAAUGUUAAAAGAUUAUAUAUUGUACUAUAUGAUUAAGAAAUAAUGUUUAUGGAUAAUGUAGACGUUUUAGAUAUUGUGUUAUUUUGACAUUAAAACACUGGUCCAUUGUUACUAAUGCCAGAUUAAGACUUGGUGAGGGCCAAAGCUAUGUAAAGCUAGGAGACACCUCUUGAGAAGAAAUAUGAGAGCAUGAGGUGUAAUAUUCGUAGACUUAUCGAUCUUUAUGAGAGACCAGUGUUUUAAGUUUAUAAAUGUUAUAUUGUUUUCUAUUCGUCGAUAUCUUUAAUCAAAAGAUUAUCCCACCAAUCAGUGUACAUAUCAUAUGUUUGAAAUUAAUCAAUACCAUAUCAUAGAUAUACACAUAUAAUCAUGUGUGUAGUGUAUCAACAAUAAAUGUAUGUUAGUUAAAAAGUUCUAUAUGGACUAGGAAUCAAGCAUGAUGUCAUUGCCACCAUCUUGGAAUGGUGAUGUCAUCACCGCCAUCUUGGAAUUGUGAUGUCAUCUCCGCCAUCUUGGAAUUGUGAUGUCAUUGCCACCAUCUUGGAAUUGUGAUGUCAUCACUGCCAUCUUGGAAUUGAUGCACAAUUGUCCAAGGAACAAGUUUCAAAUCGAUCAAACAUGAGUUGUCGGAGCCCCCAAGAAGAAGAAAAGCAACAAGAUGAGAGAUGCUUGGGGCAAAAUAAGACACAUUUAUUAAUUAACUGAUUAUUUACUGGUUUGAAAUUUUUAUACGCCCACAUUUUCAUGUGGACGUAUUAUGCCGUCGCCCCUGUCCGGACGUCCGUCCGUCCGUCCACAAUUGUUUGUGGACUCGCUACAGGUCACAAUUGUUAUCCGAUUUUGACAAAACUUGAAAUAUAGGUUUAUCCCCAAAAAAUCUUGGCUGCUUUCGAUAUUGGCAUGUAUCGGAUCGAAAAUUCAUGGAUUAUGGCCCCUGAUUGUACGAAAAAUCGCGUUUUUAGCUUGUGGACCCUAAAGAGGUCAUAAUUUUUAUCCGAUUUAAAAAAAACGUAUUAUUAUAUCACCGUUACACCCUAAGGACGGCUGAGUUCGAAUUUCGUGAAAAUCGACCCAAAAUUGACAGACAAAAUGGCUGCCGUUCGUUCUCAAAUAGAGUAAAAAUAUGGUAUAUUAAGGUUGUGGACCCUAUAGAGGUCACAAUUUUUAUCCGAUUUUGUUGAAACUUGAAAUGUAAGUUUAUAACACAAAGAUCUCAGUUCCUUUCGAUAUUUGCGCAUAUCGAAUUGUAAUUUCCUGAAUUAUGGCCCUUGAUUGUAGGAAAAAUCACUUUCUUGUUAGCUUGUUCUCUAUCCAUCUCUUGAAAAUGUGGGCGUAUCCUGCCUGACAGCCGCUGGUUUAUUAAAUUAUUAUUAUUACGUAUCAGUAUUGUGGAGAAAUGAACUAGAACGUUAUUAAUAUCCAUGUGAUAUUUUAUUUUAUUAUAUUUUUAUCAGAAAAAGUAUUUAUUGAAAUAUGAAUAAGAAUCUCACUAAUGUAUGAUUCAUUUGGUUUUAUACAUGCAUGCAUACAAAAAUGUUUUUGGAGGAUUGUUUUUUUUACGAGGGCGUAUCACGUUCUGGUAUACGAUUAUAUUAAAAUAUGAAUCUCAGAUCAUUUCGACUUUUCCUUGGCCUAGUUGUGGCCCAGAAUCUCUUAUGCAAUAUUUGGGAAAAUUGUUUUUGGUUUUAUACAUGCAUGCAAUCUCUGUUUGUUCACGAAAACUUAAACAAACAUAUUUUAAGAAUGUACCAUUUUCAUUUGUUGGUGGGGGGGGGGGGUGUUUGGAUGCCCGAAUGGUUAGCGUGUGCGCCUUGUGUCGUAAGGUCUGAAAUUGAGUCAACUGGCGUGGUUUCGAUUCCCCAGUUGUACCUGACAAGGAGCAGUGUUGCCUAUCCAACCUCAUGGGUUUUUACCGUGUCCUCCGGUUUCCUUCCAUUGCUAACGACCUCUACGUGCAACCAAAUUAUUGAAAUAAAAUUGAACCAUAUGUUAAUACCAAAAUGACCUAGUUUGUGUCGAGUGGACAUUAAGCCAAUGAAGAGAAUGCAUACUUAAAAUAUUUUAUUUUUAAGUUUUCGUGAAUAAGGCUGUGGUAUAUAAUAUUAUAAUUAUCUAAGUAAUUAUUAUUUUCUUCAUUUUGUAGAAAUUAACCAAUUAAAGAUACAUUAUGCAAGAGCUAAAUUUGCCUAUUGCAGGUCUUUCUUUAGGCCUUAAAUUUUAUAUAAAUUAUUAAUUAGACAUUAAUUAACUUAUCCAGACCAUAAUUGUAUGUCUCUGAUAUUAAGUGGAUUAGAAUGAUUCGGCCAUUUAAUGAUUUAUUUUAAAAAUGGAGAAGCGAGGCUAAGCCUCAAAUAUACUUCCAGUACUGUGCUUAUGGUAAUACACAAUGAAUACACACAUCUUGUCAAAACUACAAACAGGGAUAACAUGGCUCAGAAUAAAGUAAUUUGAAUACAGUAUAUUAAUUUUUAAUUAUUAUAGCAAGAACGACCAUUUGUUUAUCUAAAUCUUACAUAAUGUAUCUUUAAUCUUGAUUUAAGAAUAAUCAAACUGCUGAUUUUUGACAAGUAAUAUAGAGGUUAUGAUCUGUAAUAAUCUGAACUAUUGAUAUAUGCUGGGAUUUGAGCGAAAACUGUAAGGACUUGUACAGGGGCAUAGGAUAGUUUCUGGUAUAUACAAAACAUUUGAAAUCCUGAUACCGUAUUUGUUGUAUAAAUUGUUUAAAAAUUGAUAUUUUAUUUCUUGUAAUGUUAUUUUUUUCUUCUUCUUUUCGAGCAUAGUCUUGUUUUCCAUGUGGGAAACUUGCAAGAAGAGGUAGUCGUAAUUUAUUAUUAUUAAAGUGCAGUAUAUGUACCUACAUGGUGUGUUGCUAUGGUUACAGUUUUUGUUUAUUUAAUCCAGUGCUGAUGUUAAUUUAUUCGUGAUUUCUAGUCAGUAAAAUGAAUUGAAACCUUAAAUACAUGUAUUCUUCUUUAUUGAAUAAGAAAUAAUCUUGCCAUAUUGUUUAUUACAAUUGUGCUUUUGAAGAGUACAUAACAGAAAUUGAAGCUAUGGCUGCAUUAGUUUGAAUUUUUGUUGUUCAACUUCAAGAAACAUAUUCAAAGUUUUGCAUUCUUUUUCUUCCAGUAGGUUGCGCUUCUUUAAAAGUUUUUAGUCUCAAUUUUUUUCACUCUGUAAUGCCUAUUUCAAAAUCCACAUGAGUAUUGUUAUUUAUACUGUAUUUGACUAAUGUAUUUCUGAUAAUUAAAAUGUCCCUCAUAGCACAUUGUAUGGUGUAUGCCAAUCAACGCUCGUACAUUAGCCGAUUUGGUGCAGAACAAUAUAGGACAUUAAACACCGUUUCAAAGGGCUAUUUUGAAAAAAAUGAACUGAAAAACGGCUUAUUAAGGUCCGAUGUUUCUGCGCUAUGAAGCUUGGCAGUGUGCUAUGAGGGAAAUUCGGCUAUAUGAUUUCAAUGAGAUUGCCGCAAAAUACAACAUGUCACAAGUGAAGCAUUUGAUAGUUUAUAGACUUUUGAUAUGAUCUAUAAAGAAAAAAAAGAUUUUUUGUAUUUGAAAUUUUUUUUUUUUGAGUAAUUAAAUAUUGUAGUGAAUUAUGUUGUGAUAUAUUGAUGGAACAAAAAAAAAAAAGGAAAUUAAUACGUUCAAAAAUAAUUAUGUUGUGAUAAAAUCUUUAUUUAUAUAUUGUCAUGUCAUAUGAACAAAGUUAACUGUAAAAAAAAAAAUGAAGUCAAAUAAACCGUCUGGAAAAGGA